ACGAAUACUUCAUUCUACCGCAAAUCGUCCUAAGGUUAACAUCCUAUCCUAAUCAAUUCAGUGAACGUGACAUUGAAGUGAAAGCCGGCAUUUCCUGCUAUCUACUGUCGUUUUCCCUGGAAAAUUUUGAAAUUAUUUUAUGUUUUUGUUGAAAAAGCAUAUUUUUUGUGAAAUUUAAAAUUAAAGUGAAUAUCAACAGUUGUUUAUAGUUAUCGAUCGGAGAGCAAUUUUCCACGAUCGCACUCAGUUUUCGUUCUAUCGAAGACGAUAUUUUACCAAAAACGUUAAAACCCAAGAAUCACCGUCACUACCGCCGAGAUGGCGUUCAUGAUGCCUGUUGUCAAGAACGACUGGGACAUAUACAACUCCCAGCGGAGUCGGCGGGUGUCCGAGUCAGCGGAGAAGGCGGGGCUCGGCCACGGCCGCGUCCGCAAGGUGUCGGAGUCGCGGUCCGAGGGCCCCGUGCUGUCGCCGCGCGCCCACACGCUGAGCCCGCACCGCAGCGCGCCCGCGAUGCGCUCGCUGUCCUACUGCCGCGCGCCGCCGUCGCGCGCCUCGCUGCGCACCGCCAGCGACAGCCCCAGCAAGGGUUCGGCUAGCCCCAAGAGCGCCGUGCGCGAGGACAAGUUCCACAGCAGGUUGGUGGAGAAGUUGAAGCGGGCGCUCGGACGCUCGGAGUCGAAGCGCGAGGAGCGGAGCUCGUGAGUUAACGCGUGCUUGUGUGCAGGGCGCGCGCAGAGUCCCCGGAGCGGCACUCGCGCUGCGGAGCGUGCGUGCCCUACCUGUGACGGCCGGCCGCCGCAGCCGGCUCGUCCGCGGCGCCACACUAUCUGUGAUAUGUUUCCGAUAGUGCACACGCAAAGAGAUGAGUAGACAAUGAUGAAUGUGCUAACUAACCGCCUAUGGUCUUUCGGACGCUGAGAACCUAACGUUUGAAGUUACACCGACACAAUGCAAUAGUUUUAGUUGUCAUACUGUGAGUCGCUUUCCUUAACUGUUGCAUGUUUGUUAGUUGUCAUCGUACCGUAUAUCAUAUGAGCAGGUUGUCAGAUUUAGGUUGUAAACAUGAAAGUACGUUGUAUGGAUUUUAAGACUGCGUUUAGUUUAAGCACGCCCUGGGGUUCGAUAAGUAUUAUUUGAAAAAUCACCCCAGAGGUCACUAGAGGUUAGUUUGUGGCAGUUUGCGAAGGGUAUCUGUGAUUCGUUAUUUGUAAGUAAUGUGGUUUUAUUUAUUUAAGUUGAAGAGGAGAUUGCAUUCAGUUUUAUUGUUUGUGAGAGUCCUUAUUGUUUGACAUAAUUCUAAUAACUACCACUUAGUAUUUGUUUAGUUGGAAUUUGUUUGAUCAGAAAUUGAAUAUCUUUGAGUUAAUUUAAAUUCUGCAGCUGCUCCAUUAGGCAAUUGGAAAUGAAUCGAAAACAGGUGAAUUCAAUACGGUAGAGAAUGAGACAUUUGUUAUAAUAUUUGUACUGUAGUUGUAAUAAGAGUACCUUUAUAUUAAUGUACACGUACACGUAGUGCAAACUGUCGAUAUUGAUAAUUGUAAGCAGUGUUGUAUUGUAGUCAUCGAUGUAAUAAUACAAUGAAAAUUUAUUUAUAUAUAGAACGGGGCUUGCCCUUGUUUUACAAACAUUUUUGUUAUGAUUUCGCUUGAUUUUAUUAUGAUGUUAUCUUGUGACUGCAAUUGGACCAGCUUUGUUAAUAGUAUUAUCUAUCAGUGAAACUGAAGUCGAUAAUAGUGAUAUAAAGUAAGAUGUAUCAUAAAAUUCUAAAGUUAAGGCAUAUCUCGAUGAGAUUUUGAUGAGGGCAUCAAGGAGUGAUGUAUCGAUGUGUUUAUUUCGUUUGCUUGUCAAAGUUCCUUACGUCUGUUGACUGCCACCGGCAGUUACAUGGGCCUAUUUAAAUUUUUAGAUUUAUGCUACUAGUUAUUAUACAAUACCAAAAUUUAAUUCUUACAUUAUCAUUGAAUUGUUUGCAAACAUUUUUAAAUGCAUGUAUUGUCAUUGUCAACGAUGUCUGAUCUGAUGAUUUUAAACACUUAAAUAUAAAGCUUAUUCUGAGA